AGGUCCUCCGUGGCAAUAGUAGGAAUCGUGUUUAUGAGCAGCAGCACAAUCAUGAAGCGGGAUGGAGGCGACCGGCGGCUCUGCUGUGUAACGUUAGUUGUCUUGUGCUGGUUGCUGUCAUUAACCGACUAACGUUACUAGUUAUUUUCCUCAUUUACACGGCAUUGCUGUGAGAGAAGACGCGUUCAUGAGGAUAAUACCGCGUGUUUUUGUGGCCGAGCAGCUGGAUUGAUGACAGACACGCACAGUCUCGUCGGUACCCGUGAGAGUCACAGAGUAACAGAGGGGAAAACAUGAGGAUUCAUGACUGAGUGGUCUUCAGGUGGUCUUCAGGUGCUGCAUGUCAAUGGUGACGAUUUCUGAGAGAUGCUUAUUCAGACAGACGUUUGCUGACAAUGAACCUCUGGUGUUGUCUCCUGUUUUACACCUUCAUGUCUUCACUUGUGUGUCUAGAUCUAUAUGAAGCUCUUGAAGACUAUGGCCAGUGAACCGCUCGAGGGUUUUCACGAGGUGAACCUGGCGUCACCCACCACCCCGGAUCUUCACGGUGUAACAGACCCCGGCCCGCCGAAGCACAAUGCCCCGCCCAGCACCCUGUACCGCACACACUCGCUGAGCUCGGGUCAGAGCGUCCCGAACGCACUCCGGGCCGAUCAGCUGCCCACCCAGCCCGUGUACUCCUCCCCCCGACACCUCGGCGCUGAAGAGACGCACGAUGACAGUGGAGUGGAUCAGGGGGACGCGGUGGAGCCGUCGGCCGGUGCUGAAGAUCAUCUGAACGUCAUCGCUGACAGUCGGAGUCAUCUCAGAAGUAAAUCAGUCAUGGAGGUGAAGGAGAAGGGCUACGAGAAACUGAAGGAGGAACUCGCCAAAGCACAACUGGAGCUUAAGUUAAAAGACGAGGAGUGUGAGAGACUUUCUAAAGUGAGAGAUCAGCUGGGACGAGAGCUUGAGGAACUCACUGCUAGUCUCUUUCAGGAGGCUCAUAAGAUGGUUCACGAGGCAAACGUCAAGCAGAGCUCUGCAGAGAAACAGCUGAAGGAGGCGCUGGGGAAGAUCGACGUUCUUCAGGCCGAGGUGGCGGCUCUCAAGACUCUGGUUCUGUCCUCGUCUCCCACCUCGCCGUGUAAAGAGAUGCCCCCCGGACCCUUCAAGAAAGGUCACGCUCGUAACAAGAGCACCAGCAGCGCUAUGAUGGGCAGUCAGCAGGAGACGGGCGUCCCGCCGCAUCUUCUGCAGCAGGAGGUGGACUCCUCGCUCUUCAUGGAGUUCAGAACGUGGAAGGAAGAGCCCACUUUGGAGAAAAGCUGCUGUUUUCUGGAGCGGAUCUACAGAGAAGAUAUUUAUCCAUGUUUGAGCUUCUCCAAGAGCGAGCUGGGCUCUGCCAUUCUGUCGGCGGUGGAGCAGAACUUACUGAGCGUUGAGCCGGUGGGAUUUCAGCCUCUGCCGGUGGUCAAAGCGUCUGCCGUCGAGUGCGGAGGACCCAAUCUUGUGUGUUGUAGGAAAUGUGCUCUGUGUGGCCAGAGCAAAAGCUGUAAACACCGGAUCAAGUUCAGUGACUCCAGUAACUAUUAUUACGUCUCUCCGUUCUGUCGAUACCGGAUCACUUCUGUCUGUAACUUCUUCACCUACAUUCGAUAUAUUGUUCAAGGACUGGUGAAACAGCAGGAUGCAGAGCAGAUGUUCUGGGAGGUCAUACAGCUUCGUAAGGAGAUGUCCAACGCCAAGCUGGGUUACUUCAGAGAUGAGCUGUAAAUUCAGAACUUCCACUCGAUACGCUGAAGAUCAUCCCCUGAACGUUCACACGAUCAUUUCCUGAACAUCCACUCGAUACACUGAAGAUCAUCUCCUGAACAUCCACUCGAUACACUGAAGAUCAUCUCCUGAACAUCCACUCGAUACACUGAAGAUCAUCUCCUGAACAUCCACUCGAUACACUGAAGAUCAUCUCCUGAACAUCCACUCCAUACACUGAAGAU